AUGCCCGAUGGCAGUCUGAAGUAUAACCAGCCGGAACUAGCUAAGGUAGCUAAGGUGGCCGAGCAGGUAGAAACGCUACAACAGCAAUGGCAGCAGCGAGCAGCCAGCUGGCAGUUCGAGCCCGACGAAGCAGGCUCCGACGAACUGUUGAACGAUGAACGAGAGUACCGAGAUAUGAUUUCGAAGAAUCGAACAUAUGUACCUCCACGCAUGAGAUCGAGUCUUAUACAGGAACUGCAUGAGUCCCAGGAAUACGGACACGCAGGGAUCGAAGAAAUGGUUAGACGACUAGCUAAGGUGUUUGCGAUACCA